GAGCUCAAUAAAGUUCCAUCGGAUAACUCAAAGUAUCAGGAAGCAUCUGAUCCACAGAAUGUAGAAACUUCAGCACAUAAUUCACUGAAGGAAGAAUCUGUUAAACUAAUUAGUUCACCCAGUGUGCAGAACAAGUCACUGAAGGAAGAAUCUGUUAAACUAAUUAGUUCACCCAGUGUGCAGAACAAGUCACUGAAGGAAGAAUCUGUUAAACUAAUUAGUUCACCCAGUGUGCAGAACAAGUCACUGAAGGAAGAAUCUGUUCUACUAACUAGUUUACCCAGUGUGCAGAACAAAUCAUUAAAUUCACAACAAGACACUUGCAGUAUUGUUGAACCAAUCUUCAAGCCACCUCAUCUUAGGUCAAAGAAACCAUUUCGAAGACUUGAAAUCCAAGAAAUCGAAAGUGACUGGUUUGAUCCCAUCUCUAAGUUGCAAGGCUCUCAGCAACCUUUAGUAUGUCAUGAAGCUUCUGUGAAGCCACUUUCUGAGCCAUCAAAUGCUGUAGAAUAUACAGUAAAUACAACCAGCCAACAGCAAAAUGUCCCACCAAAACCUUCACAUGCAGUUACACAGGAUGUGAAAGAUUUAACUUGUGUCCAGGUAAUCCCUGGAUGCCCCCACACUGCUUUCCAGUUUCAAGCUGAUUGGAGAAAGCUUCGACAUUCUAAAGACAAACUGUUUGAAUACUUAAAGCAAAUCUCACCAGAGAAAUACCCUGAGAUUUUCAAGCACUCCUUAGAAACAGAAGUUUUUUCAGAUAUCAUCUCACUCUUAAAGAGCCAUUUCCUAAAAGAACAACUGGAUGUUCUACCAUAUUUGAAAAACUUGACAGAAAUUGGCAGAUUUAAUACACUUGUGAUGUUUUUAUCAUCUGAAGAUUUACAAGGUAGAGCAUUUAUUCCUGUAAUGUAA